UCAUCGGCAGACCUAACUCGGGAUCGACUGAUGGAUCUAAUAGUGGGUGUGCCGGCUAUAGCCAUAACGUUAUCCAACUCUUUGUACAGUAUAUCCAAUACAUUUACAUUAUAUACGAGACCCCAGGCCGCUGGUCGGCCUACAAACACAACUUUUGCCCCUAAAGCCAGUGCUUUGAAUAUGUCGUUCCCAUUACGGACACCGCCGUCCAGUCGCCGGAACGCCAUCUAUCUGUCGGCCCCCGUGAUUGGACACAAAUAUGGCGUCCGCGCCGCUAUUAACUGCUAGUCUGGCGUCACCUGCCGUUAGGACACCCUUAAUAACCACCGGUAUCUGAAC